CAGGAGGGCGCAAUAUCCGGUCUUUGUGAGGUCAAAAUUCACAAACCACUCAGAGGGUCUCGAGACCAGCUUCCGAUCGUUGGUUGCACUGCACUCGUACGGGCCACCUUCAGGAGGUCAAGCCACCGUUUGGUGAUUCUGUUUGACGCUGGUCGCUGAGAACACCAGCCCGUUCUCCUGAGAGUAAUCUUGAUCUCAUUACAUAGAGCUCGGCUCCCCAGAAUCUGAGGACUGGAAGGUCAGAAUUGUUAUUUCCUCCUCGGCUGCAACGCGUCGGUCAAGAUGAGGAUCGGCUGCCUGCAGUUCGCGCCCCACGUCGGGGACGUGGACAACAAUCUCAACCGUGCAGAUUCAGCACUCUCUCGAGCCAGCCAGGAUGACUUGGACAGCCUAGAUCUCUUGGUCCUACCAGAGAUGGCCUUCUCAGGCUACAACUUCAAGUCGCUCCAACAUGUCAUGCCAUUUCUCGAGUACGAGGGGAACGGGGUGAGCUCGUUAUGGGCGCGCACGAUGGCCCUGAAGCACAACUGCCACGUCGUGGUUGGGUACCCCGAACAGGUGGACGUCUCGCACAAGUGGCCCACCUCGCCCGAGUACUACAACUCCGCCAUCGUCAUCAAUAACGAGGGCGAGACCAUCGUCAACUACAGGAAACACUUCCUGUACAUGAUCGACGAGACCUGGGCGCUCGAGGGGCGCGACUUCGGCAGGGAGUUCAUACCCGGGCUGGGCCAGACGGCCAUGGGCAUCUGCAUGGAUAUCAACCCGUACAAGUUCGAGGCCCCCUGGCACGCAUUUGAGUUCGCCUUUCACGUCUUGGAGGUCAGGGCCAACCUGGUUAUCAUAUCUAUGGCGUGGCUUACGCGCGAGGAGGCUGCAACGUUUACCAGCAGACCCGAUGAGCCUGACAUGGAGACCUUGACAUACUGGGUGCAACGCAUGGAACCAAUCAUUCGCGCCGAAACUGAGGAUGAGAUCAUCGUGGUGUUGAGUAAUCGGUGCGGCAUCGAGGGCGAGACUGUUUACGCAGGGACAUCAACGGUGCUUGGAAUCAGGCACGGAGAGGUCAGCGUCUAUGGCCUCCUGGGCCGCUGUGAGAAGAAUCUCCUGGUUGUGGAUACAGACAACCCGCCCCUCGGCAAGCUUGUUCUUCGUCCCCAGGACAAUAUCGAGCCGCCUGCCGGCGAGCCUGUGCCAGCGGCUCCUGUCAAUGGUAUAUUGCCCGAGGAUGAGCUCGAGCUGGAAGACGAUGAGGACGUGGAGAUUUCCUCAUGAGAGUCUGUUUGGGCAAAAGAUGUCAAGGACGUUGAUGUGACGCUGGUGUCAAGCAACGAAGCCAGGCCUCCGAAAGCAGAAUCUAGCGCGCUUACUACGUCGAUGCGCAGACAAGCAGCUCACACUUGAGACCAACGGUAAGUUGUAGUACCCUUGACGGACAAUCGGCACGUGGUCCUUUUCACGUCUCAGUAGGUUGAGAGGUACGAAGGAGCUUGGUCCAACGGGCGGGACGCAGGAGCAGCAGUCUACGACGACCAGACCGACUGGAACAAUUGGCCUUUAAUGGGCCUUUCUGGGAAAGAUCUGAUGUCCAAGGAGCACAGAAAACCACCUGUCACUCGAGCGGCGCACCAGUGUUGCUCCCUGCGGUCUUCUCGACCACCAGGGGACGAGAUGCUCUGAACCUGGUCUGGCGUUUCGCGAGAUAUUCACGGCUUUGACUAUCGAACAUUAGUCCGCAGACAGCUUUUAGAGCGUUCGUAAGGCCUGUAAUGGACUUCAGGUCCGCUCUCGUUAUCGCAACAGGCUUGGCCUUCUUGGGGACUUUUGUUUUUGGGUGGGGGGUGGAGGACCUUGUGGCGAACUCGAGUGAAGAGAUGCCAUGAAGAGUAUCAGCUUCAAAAUGAGGCCAAUCUGACCUGGUCUGAACCUCUGCAAAGCGAAUCGGCGAAUCUACAGCUCAUGUCCGAAAUCUUGCCUCCAAUCCUGCGCCAGCCGAAUGCGCGUUCAUAGCCAUUGUAAGAAUUUGGGCGACCUUGUGUGUCAGCAACAGCCAUCGAUUUCUUGGUAGAGGAGCUAGACUCUGGAUGGAAAGAAGACAAAAAAAAAAGACAGGCAAGCAACUCUCCCGUUAUUCAGUCUAAGGCACGGUGGACAGGCUCUUUCAAAUCCUGCAGUACACCCGAAUCGCUCGGCACGCCGGACCACACACUUGGAUGGAUACUCUGCAUCAUAAGCGCCGCGUGAAAAGGGAAUCUCAUCUCGGCCGCUCGGUACCUCAUGCUCGACAAAACGAUUUCCAAGACGCCUUGAUGGAAAAUCGAGCCAUAUCCGGACGAUACCGCCCCUUCCAACAACUAGAGUCACGACAUCUGCAGCAUGUGGGUGAUUGCAAAAAGGCUAACAUCGUACUGUACUGUCAAGGUGCAUGGGUGCAUGGGCGAGAUGGGAUGUGUGAUGAGCCAACAUGGGUGGGCGCCCAUUGGGGGCGGGAUAUGCAGGAAAUGUGGGAACGUCCGUCGAGCUUGUCCUCUUCAGGGACGGCAAGGUUACUGCGGGCGCUUGCGGGACAGGGCGAGGGGCUGGGAAACGGCCAAUCACUGGACAGUGUUCAUCUUCAAGGUGUGAAGACUUGCAGGGGCCGCUGCGUGCAAUGCUCAUCACUGCAGGUGAUAUCGAAGACGCCCCCUCCUCUGACUGGUCAAUCCAGUGUGCCACCCUCAUGGUCCCAGAACACUAGCCAUGCUCGAGAGGGAAGGGGUCUUUUUCGGAGAUGUUGGGUGGCCACUUCGGAGGUCAUGAACGGCAAAGGCUGACUCUUCAUUCGUGGGCUUGGGUUGCAUUGGGAGGCCCAUGGUUCUCGCAUCUUGAACAGGCGAAUAAUUCUUUUACUAUGGUGGUCUGCCCACCUUCCACAACCUUGCGGUACUUCUAGGCUGGGAGACCUUGUAUCACAGCAAGUUCUGCAAGCAGACUCUACCACAUUUGUUCUCC